AUGCCCUCAAACACUCUCCCCAACCGCACCUCCUUCUCCGCAGCCGACAUCAUCCACGACAUCUGGACAAGCCUCCAGCUCCCCCCUCACGCCCUCUCCUCCAUCAGCCUCCCCGACCAGCAACCGGGCCCGGCAACGCCGUCGUCGUUCAAAAUCGGACAUCUCGCACAGAGCUCCAUUGCACUCUCUGCCCUCGCAGCAUCUCUCGUCCACAGCCACCAACGAUCCCAGUCUUCUUUAUCAUCAUCAUCAUCAUCAUCAUCAUCACCCUCCUCCUCCUCCUCAUCAUCAUCAUCAACAACAACAACAGCAACAAUCCCCCGCGUCACCGUCCCCCUCCGCCACGCCCUCCUGGAAUUCCAAUCCGAACGCCUCUACACAAUAAACUCCUCUCCCCCCGAAUCCUCCUGGGGCUCCAUCGGCGGCCUCCACGCCACGCUCGACGGCGGCCACGUCCGCAUCCACGACGUCCUGCCCAACCACGCCCUCGGCGCCCUCUCCCUGCUGUCCCUCCCGCCCACCGCAACCCGGCACGACGUCGCCAGACAGGUCCUCCGCUGGAACGCCGUCGACCUCGAGACCGCCGCCGCGGAAAGGGGCAGCAGCAUCGCCGUCAUCUACGCCCUCCGCUCAUACGACGAAUGGGACGCCCAUCCCCAGGCCGCAGCCACGCCCGACGACCCCAUCAUCCUCCGCCCUCUCGGCCCAGCAACACCGCCAAACCCUCUUCCUCCUCCCAUAUCAUCUUCACCAUCUGCCAUCCCAACCGGCUGCCUCAAAGGCCUCCGCGUCCUCGAAAUGUCCCGCGUCAUCGCCGCCCCCGUAGCAGGCCGCUGCCUCGCCGCCCACGGCGCAGACGUCCUCUGGGUGACAUCCCCCUCCCUCCCUUCCAUCCCCCCUCUAGACAAGGACCUCAGCCGCGGCAAGCGCACCAUCCAGCUCGACAUCCGCAACAAUCCCUCCGACAAGCAGACGCUCCUCAACUUGCUGCGCACCUGCGACGUCUUCAUCCAGUCGUACCGCCCAGGCAGCCUCGCCGCGCACCACGGCCUCUCGCCCCAAGACGUGCAGCAGCAAGAUAUCAAUCCCCACAUCAUAUACGCCAACCUCUCUGCCUUUGGGCCGUACGGACCGUGGGCCACGCGCAGGGGAUUCGAUUCCCUUGUGCAGACGUGUUCGGGCAUGAACGUUUCCGAAGCGGCUCACUUCGGUGCUGGAGAGACCGCCCGCGCGUUACCUUGCCAGGCGCUCGACCACGCAGCAGGCUACCUCCUCGCCACGGGCAUCCUCGCCGCUCUGCACCGCCGGACGACGGAGGGCGGAUCCUGGGUCGUCGACGUUUCGCUCGCGGGAGUGGGCAAGUAUCUGCGCAGCUUGGGCCAGUAUCCGGACAGGACGGGGUUCGAGGGCGUUGCGGAUGCGGCCAUGACGCAGAGGGACGUUCCGGGGGAGUUUCUGGAGACGAGGGAGACGGCGUUUGGGCGCAUGGUUGCGGUGAGGCAUAGUGCUUCUGUGGAGGGGUGCGAGGUUGGUUGGGGGGAGAUGCCGAAGCCGUUGGGAUCGGACGAGGCGAGGUGGUUGGAGUGA